GGAACAAAUCUUAGUGUCGCACGAUUGGUGUGGGCAUACAAGGUGGAACCAGAAGUGGACGAGCAUACGGGGGAAGAAGUGCCUGUUGACAUCUUCAACUACUCGAGUGGGUCCAACUGGAAACCCCAGCCGUUCCGAGUCAAGUUUACACCGAGACACGAAGAGAUCAAGCAAACCAUUCUUCGGGAGGGCAAGCAAGCACUGAACGACUUGGCCAAGUAUGAACGCGAGACUAAGUACACCUUCAGCACCUUUUAUCAGUAG